AUGGAAUCAGACAGUGACGAAGAAAAUGAAAUACAAGAUUUAGAACAGCUUAACGCAGCUCUAAUUGACGACCCUAGUCAAUCCAGUGCUUCUGUUUCCUGUGUCUCCACAAUUAGUUUUAGCUCGUUCAACUCUAAAUAUGAAGAAUACUCGAAAAUUGAGACAGUUCUGGCACUUAACAAAAUGUGUGACGAGAAAUUGCGUCGGCUGGAAAAAAUUUUGCAAUCCCGACUACAAGAAUGUCGUCUGAAACUGAGCGAGAUACAAGGUACAGAAAAUAAUAAUGAAAGGUAUGAUAAAACAGAGACAUUCCGCUAUGUAAGCUGUGGCAAGCCGUAUUUUAAAGACAAAAGUAAUUUUCCAGCUCCAGAUAAUGAAGAUACUGUACUUAUGGCUAAAUCACAAAUGUAUGACUUUUCUAACAUAGUGUCUGUUCCUGGUUGGACAGUUAGAGAUAAAAGUCAAUUCUUGGCCAUACUACAAAAAAUGUCUCAAGAGAAGAGAAAAAAGGAUAUUGAAUCAAAAAUUGCAGAAUUGAAACGAGAAGAUAAAGUUAAAGAAACAAAAGAUAAUGAAAAGAAAAUAGCUGCAUUGAGAAAAGAAAUAGAUAGAGUCAACAGAAUGCAUUUAAAAGAUUUAGCAUUACCAAUAGAAGAGGAGUAUGACUGGGAUGUAGUUGCAAAUAAAUUAAGCCAUAGACAUAGUGCACUUGAAUAUAGAUCACUUUGGAGACUAUUUCUUCAUCCUUCUAUUAACAAGAAUGUCUGGACUAAACCCGAACAUAUGGCACUACAAAAAAUUGCUUUUGAUGAAAAAUUACAAGACUGGGAUAAAAUAGCAUCAUUACUUGGCACUGGAAGAACAAAUUAUCAAUGUUUUGUAUAUUUCAGAACAAAUAUGAGUAAUACAUUUACAGGCAGAAGAUGGUCAAAAGAAGAAGAAGAAUACCUUAAAAGACUAAUAGAAUAUUACAAGGAAGAUAAUUACAUUCCAUGGGGAAAAGUUGCAGCUUCAAUGGAAAAUCGAACCAAAAUACAAAUUUAUAAUAAGUAUUCUAGACUUGAAGAGGUGAGAAAAGGUAGAUUCUUAGCAGAAGAAGAUGCUGUAAUACUAACAUGUGUUGAUAAUUUUGGAUUAAAUUUUAAGAAGAUAUCAAAAUUUUUACCAGGUCGUUCUGUAACACAGUGUCGUGUCCGUUAUCAAGUUUUAGCCAAAAAACGAAUAUCUACAGUAUGGACAAUAGAAGAAGAUCGAAAAUUAAUUCAAUUAAUGGCAAAUCAAGAUUUAUCUAUCAACUACUCAAGUAUAACUCAACAUUUGCCAGGAAAAGAUCGGCAGCAUAUAAGGGCUAGGUAUUUGACCUUGACAAAAUGGAUGAGAAGAAAUCCAGACACAGAUAUUGCUAAAGCGCCUAGACGUGGUGCUAGGCGUUUAGGUCAUGGACACUCAUCAGAAGAUCUAAAUAGAGCUAUAGAAGGCUUGAAAUCCAAAAUACAAUCUGAGGUAAUUGAUAAAAAACGUAAAAAAAUAAAUAAAGAUUCUCCUGAAGAUGCAAUAGAAGAUGCAAUAAUAGCUACACUCGUAACAGAAAAUGUUAGAUUAGAGGAAGCAAAAAGGGCCUUACCAUAUCCAGAAGAAUCUGAUGAUGAAGGGAAUAAUUCUCAACAAUGUAAACGAAGCUGUAAUGUUCAAAAUUUAAAAAAGCUACUAAUUUUAUUAAAAGCCAAGUUAAACAAAAACAAAUUCAUGAAGAGUCAAUAUAGUAAAAUAUAUAAAGGGCUAUUAGAACCAGAACAAGAAGUGCUUACCGUAAAGGUUAAAUCUUAUUCAAAGCAGAGCUUCGAAAAAAAUAUAACUAUUGAUGGAAGUCCUGAUAUUUGGGGAAAUGUCAGCUUAGGUCCUUUAGCAUAUGUGCUUCCACCUCAUUAUUCUACAAUUACAGGUUGUAGGAAAUUAAUGUCAUAUGUAUCUUCAAAGUCACAGACAGAAGAUCCGGUAAACAUUAAUGUAGUGUUAAGAAGAAAUGUUCUAUUAAAAGAGGAGACUUUUCUGUUAAUGGAGAGAUUCAAUAUUUUAUUCCUUUGGCCUAUGCUCCUAUCUAAUGCGACAGCUGGGGAAAGUAUAACUAUAAACCAUGAUAAUCCUCCACAAGAAAGUUCUUUUAUAAAACAACCACAGUUUCAUAAACAUGACUGGAAUGCACUUGCAGUGCCAGGACAUAAGUUAAAUGAUCAUGUAAAUCAAGCCAUUGAAUUAGAAGAGUCGGUGACAAAAGAUGAUAAAAAUGUAGAAAUAGAAACACAAUUC